GCCGCGAGCGGAGCGAGAGGAGGCGGCGCUGUGCAUGCUGGGCUCAGAUCAUGGUGGGGCUUUGCGAUAGGAAGCCAGGCAGGAAGGACUUGAACUAGCGUGCAGCGGCCAGCCCUGCAUCAGACAGGCGACUGCGGGGUGUGCGCUGGGGGGGCUCGGAGCAAGGAGGCGACCCCGAAGUCCUGUCAGCAGGAGCGGGACGACGGAGUCGCCACCUGGGCGAGCGGUCUUGCGCCCCGAUUUCGCCUCCCUCCUCUCCCCCCCUUCGAAUUUGACGGGGGGAGGAAAGGGGGGAGGGGCAGGGAAUUCCCACCCCUCUUUUUGCAACCCAGAGCUUUGCUUUUAACCCCUUUGGGGAGAACCGGCGGAGAAGGGGGUGGAAAAGGGAGCCGAUCUCGCCGCCGUCGGCAGCCGCAGCAGCCUCCGCCUGGCGCUUGCCCAUUGCUGGGAGAUGGUGACAUAUGAAGCGCGCUGGAAGGAGCAUGGUUGAGAGGAACAGCAAGUUCCUGCUGAUCGUGGCGGGCUCGGUGUGCUUCAUGCUCAUCCUGUACCAGUAUGUGGGGCCGGGGCUGAGCCUGGGCGCGCCGAGCGGCCGCUCCUACCAGGACGAGCUGGACCUCUUCCCCACGCCGGACCCGCACUACGUGAAGAAGUACUACUUCCCCGUGCGGGAGCUGGAGCGCCAGCUGGCCUUCGACAUGAAGGGCGACGACGUGAUCGUCUUCCUGCACAUCCAGAAGACUGGCGGCACCACCUUCGGCCGCCACCUGGUGCAGAACGUGCGCCUCGAGGUGCCCUGCGACUGCCGGCCCGGCCAGAAGAAGUGCACCUGCUACCGGCCCAACCGCAGGGAGACCUGGCUCUUCUCGCGCUUCUCCACCGGCUGGAGCUGUGGACUGCAUGCCGACUGGACCGAGCUCACCAACUGCGUGCCCGGCGUGCUGGACAAGCGGGAGAGCGCGGCCCCCAAACCGCCUAGGAAAUUUUAUUACAUUACUCUGCUGAGAGAUCCUGUAUCCCGUUACCUCAGUGAAUGGAGACAUGUGCAGCGAGGAGCUACCUGGAAAACAUCCUUGCACAUGUGUGAUGGCCGGACACCAACCCCUGAAGAGCUGCCAUCGUGCUAUGAAGGCACAGACUGGUCAGGUUGUACCCUUCAGGAGUUCAUGGAUUGCCCAUAUAACUUAGCCAACAACCGCCAAGUGAGGAUGCUGGCUGAUCUGAGUUUGGUGGGCUGCUAUAAUAUGUCAUUCAUACCAGAAAACAAGCGAGCACAGAUACUGCUGGAGAGUGCCAAGAAGAAUCUUAAGGACAUGGCCUUUUUUGGCUUGACAGAGUUCCAGAGAAAAACACAGUACUUAUUUGAGAGAACUUUCAAUCUGAAAUUCAUCAGGCCAUUCAUGCAGUACAACAGCACAAGGGCAGGUGGAGUGGAGGUAGACAACAAUACCAUACGAAGAAUUGAGGAGCUUAAUGAUUUGGACAUGCAGCUGUACGACUAUGCAAAGGACCUCUUCCAACAGCGAUAUCAGUACAAGAGGCAGCUGGAGAGGAUGGAGCAGAGGAUAAAGAAUCGGGAAGAGAGGCUUCUUCACCGGUCCAAUGAGGCACUUCCCAAGGAAGAGACGGAAGAGCAAGGACGUUUGCCUACAGAGGACUACAUGAGCCAUAUUAUAGAGAAGUGGUAACCUUGAAAACAAUUUUUUUUUACUGAGAACAGGAUAUUAAGGUUUCCAUAAAAAAAGAACAUGGAAUUAAAAACACUCUUAUUUAAAAACAGUCUGUAAAACAGAAGGUAGAAUGCUUCUUUAAACAAAGGGUCUUUUUACUUUUUCUUAUAAGACCAAUGGGGUUCUUAAUAAAAUAAAAUAAAACAAAAAAAAAUUAAAGAGUCAAUACUAGAAGGCUCAAAUGCACAAGCAUAGGCCCCCGGUGCUGAGGCCAAAUACAGUGUAAUGUUUCAUUUCCUCAUAGAGUCAAAUCCAGAGGUUAUGGGUUACCAUAGCCUUUGUAAUCAUAACCACUCUUCUUCAAUUUGAUCUUCCAAAGUCUCAAUGUUUUUUCCUUGUUCAUGUGAGGUUUUCAGUUGUUAAAGUCAUGAUAAUGGUGGUGAAACUGCCAGACAGUGACUUUGUCCCAGAUACAGCUCCUUGGCCUCAGAUGGAAACAAUGGCCAAAAAGAAGAGCAUAUAAUCAACACAAAGAAACAGGAAGGAAAAGAAGAAAAGCAGAGGAUGAGAAGCCUUCAACAAGUAGACCUUGAUCACAUGUCAAGCACAGAGGUUUGGAUAUGUUGUACUGGUGUCUUGCAUGCAUAGACUCCACACUCACUCAUACACACUGCAUUAACAGAAUAACUGAAUUUGUGAACAAAUAUCCUCAACCUUUGCUUUACAAACAGGUAUCCUAAAGCUUAGUAAAUCCUAUACAAGACAUGGGUGAUUUUAUUACAUAUUCAUGUGACUCUUUUAUAAAGAUGAAUUGUGUGUGCAUCAGUCUUUUUCAUUUAAGAGGAGAUAGUCCACUUGGGGUAUAAUAUUUCAUGCAAAUGUAGUACCGUCACCUGGUCGAUUGUUUUCAUGCUAGAGCUUGCUGAUGCCUAAAAAUAUCCUUUGCUCCAAUGCGGGUAUUUCUUUAAUUAGACACAAAUAUUAAAAAUUCAGAGUACUCUCCUUAUCUGAUAUGACAUAUUUUGUCAUGAACAUCAGUGGCUGCAAUAAAGAUAGGCACAUUUAAACCCCAUACAUGGCUGGACACACGUAUUCAACUGGGCACUUUAGCUCCAUUUAUUUCAACAUGAUUUGGAUGCAACUAAGUUUUGCUAGAUUACUUCCAUUGCUGUCUAUAGGUGUGAUAAUUGUUGCAUUACUGACCUUAUAAGACAACAUUGCAUAUCACUUUUUUACACGAUAGACAGUUUGCCUUGACUUUUCAUUGUGAACAAAACAGCUGCAUUAGAAGACUGGAAAUCUUAAUUGAGCUUCAGGUUUUGAUUCUAUCAGCCUUUUUAUAGCCACACAGUAUUCCUUUCUUGAACACCAUACAUUUUUUUUCAGAGCGUUUCCAAUGAUAAGUUUGAUCUCCCCAUUUCAAGUGUUGGUUUUAUUUCUUUUCUAUGCACAUCUUGUGAAUUGGUCUGAACAAUGCAAAAACAAAUUGUGUUCAUUACCUUCCUUGACUGUUUCUUCCUAUCCCUAGAAGGUGAAUUGUCUGUAUUAGCGAUCAAGUCUGAUUGAGUGUGUUGCAAAAAUUUGCAACAAGUGGACCCACCAACUUUAUUUUCAAAUAAGGGCUUCACUGCAAAUCAGUCAGAGUAAUGACAGUACAGAAGGUGAUGCCCAAGUUUAUCUAACUUCCAUCUAUGUAGCUUUGUCCUUUUAGUCAUUCUCCACCAGACAGUCGAUGAAAAGGAUUUGGAUCAUAUAGAAAGAAAAACUCAGUAAAUAAAUGAAGUUCUUAAAAAAAACACCAUUUAAUGGAGUGCUUAUGUGAUGAACUCGAAUACCCAAGGGACCCUAACUACCCCCACAUUGAAAGUUACAAAGGUUCUUAAGUACUUGACCAGAUCAACCUGUCAAUCAGUGCUAGUGCUAUAACUUGUGUUGGCCUGUUAGUGCUUCUAUGAAGAAGGCCUUCCUGUUCUGAGUGUACACAGCUGGCCAUAUAUAUUCACUUGAGGUUUAGGCAAGGAAAACCAUCUCAUCCUAGAAUUAUUGUUUUAUUAUUAUCAGGGAAGUGGGGCGGGGGGCUGCAUGUUUAAAAUUCUAAAAUUGGAAAUAAUGGCAGUUUGCUAAUGUCUAGGACACCUGUGCAUUUCUAUAACUAAAGGAAACCUUUCUUAAAAAGAUGUUUUUAUCAAAUUCUUUACCCGCAAAAUGUAUGUCAGCUAUAGGAGGCAACUGUUUUUUAUGCAGUACAUGUAGCUUUACCCAAUGGCUUUCCACUGUGCAUUCAAAGUUAUAGAUCUAUAAUAGAAAAAUGCAGCUCGUCCAUAUUCAUAGUGCACAGAGUGGAAAGCCUGCUGUGUUCUCCUUUGUACAAUUCAUACCAGGUUCCAAGGGCCAAAAUUUGCUUCUGCAUAUUUAGCUGCAUGAUCAAAGACAAAACUUACAGUAUUGUUCUUUGUAUCUAAAUUUAACUUCCACAAAAACCUGAAUAUAUCUUAAUAGGCCUGCCUAUGGGAACAUUCUGGAACAUUAGUAGUAGGCUUUCUCCAACAUUUUCUUUGUAUAAUAAUAAUAUAACAACAAGCUAAAGAAAUAAAACUACUGAAUAUGCUUAUCAACUUCACUUAAAUCUGCCAAAGGAAAGUGAGUGGGUGUGCGAUCUUUUGUGCUCAGAAUUCAUUACCUAUAGCUGAGGGGGGGAUGAAGAGGGUAUACCUCCAUUUCAGAUCUCAGAUCUCCUUCCUUAUUUUUACUUCAUAUAAAUGAAGAACAUUAAUCUUUACCCAUUACAAAAUGAGUUGUACUAGUUGACAUUUCAAAAUUGUUUGAAUUGCAUCUAGGUUGUACUUAAAUCUAGAAGACAACUAAAAGCAAAGGAACUACAACAGGAAACAAAAAAAACCUGGCUGAGCCCUUGCCUAAGUUAAUACAAGGGCAGAAAAGGAACAGUUUAAAUUUUUACUCUGAUGCCAAAUUUCCUGACUUUAUAAGCAUUUUAGGGAAGUUAACAUAGUAUUAAUAUAGUUCAUUGUAAUUUAUAUGGAUGGACUGCUGUUUGGUGUGGCACCAGAUGUUUUGGGAGUAGAUUGGUGCUAUGAAAAAUAAAGUACAUGCAGAGUUGAAAAACUGAAAUACUGCUUACACCUGGGUAGGCUAUGUUUUUGCAUGGACGAUGGUCUACCUUUCAUAUUCCAUGUCAAUUGUUGAACUUUUCUGCUGUUCACAGCUGCCUACAUAGUAUGCAACCACAAGCUGCAUGGUGUUGGAGGUGUCGUCGGUAUUUCUGCUGCGACUGUUUCAAGUCAGCCAUGCAAGUAAUUGCAGUAAAAACUUCAGAAACGCUUCCAGCCACACACACCAUUCUUACCCUUCCUCCCAGAACCUAUAGUCCUAUAGGCAGAGUGGCCAGGUAACCAGCAGGAGACCUUGGGUGGACAUCAUUUCCGGAAAAACUCAGCAGAAACAUCACACUUCUCCUAGAACGGCCAGAAACUCUAUGGUAAAACCAUCUUUUCCAGGGUUCCCUUGGAAAUGAUGCCAGUCCUCUCUAGAAAUUAUCUGCUGAUUCCUAGAAAAGCAUAAUGUCACACCAUUGCUAACAGCAUUUUUUUUCUUUCUCUUGCCAGCUGCUGGAGUGCCAAAGGGCACAUGGCAAUGCUACCUGUAGGAUUUUAGCCUUAUCCUUUUAAACAAAGGAGGAUUUUGUAGCGCUACCUGCCAGGCAGCGUUGCCUCAGCGAAGGAAGCUAAGAAAUUAUUUUGAUGGAUGCCUUCUGUAGGUAAGAUUUGCUGAGGCCAAUGAAAGGACUCUGAGGAAACCAAGGAGAAAGACAGAUUAGACCUCAGCCUAGCAAAGCAUUUUUCAUUAUAACUUUAAUGGUUAUGUUAUCAGUCUACUGUGUUUGUAGGACUGUUCCAAAAAAGCUAUAAUUAGUAACACUUUGGGGUAAGUAGAUAUGCUUAAUGAAGAUGAUAGCAGCUUUCACUAGCACUGCUAAUGCUGAAAAUGAAAGGGUCGGGGAAAGAAUAUUUGCAAAAGUAUCAACUUUCAUGCAAGGUCUUUGCUAUUUUUGUUCUACAGUUGCUGUGCCACCUGCACUGGUACUGCCAAGUAGCUGCAAUCAGCAUGAGGACUGGCAGACUCCCUGUGUGGAUUGUACAGAAUAAUCAGUAGGGAACAGCAACAAAAUUACAAUCUUGAAAUACUUUGCCAGUGUCCUGUAACACCCGCUCAUAUUUGUGCCAAUGAGUUUUUUUUACAGUAUCUCCUCUACUGAAGAUGGUUAACAGAACAGGGUUAUGAGGAUGAAGGCGUUUAGCUAAGCAGAUUUAGUCCAGUUCUUCAAAUGUCUCUCCUUCUAUGAUAACAAUGAUGGCAAAGGCUUGGACAGAAACCUUAAGUGUUCUGCAUCCAGGUCACAACAUCCAUCACCAAACCUGCUGGCCAGUUCUCACUCGGCCCUCUUUUUGGAACAGUCCGCCUACACAACUAGGAAAGCAAGUGGGCAUGCAACGUCAGCUCAUUAUGUAACCAGGUAGUUAAAGGCUCUUGCUCCCUCCUUGCAAUUAACUAAGUACUAGAUUCUCGCCACCCAAGCACCUGGCAUCUUCAAGAAGCAGUCGUCGUUACUGGACAGUGUCUUGGAUAUCUUUAGCUCAGCCAGUCACAUCAGAGCCACUUCAUAGGAGCAGCGUCUGCCUUGAGUCAAACUUUUACUUCCAACACACUGUGAUACUCUUUGACACUGCGUAAUCUGGCCUCAGAAAGCAGCAAAAAUGCCCACAAUACUAUUCAAGCCUCAUUUUACACAGGGGCUUUUCUGUAGUCAACUGGAAAUGUGUGCACAUUCAGUUUGUAGGUUGGUUGCUCACUGGUGAUAUGACAGACAAGGACAUUAAAGGGCUUUCUCUUUGGAGGUGCAUUUGCCACACCCAAUUGCUGCAUUACACAUGGACAUGGAUCUUCUUUAGCCCACACUGAUCCCUCACUUGCUUGAAUGACAAACACACAUUGCACAAGGCAAUGUCGAUCUGAGGUUGGUUCAUGUUACAUCAGACCUUUUCAAGGACUUCUGAACAUUCAGCUUAGUGCUAAAGAAUCAAACUGAAUAUAUGUGAUGCAGAAGAGCCUUAAUUGUAAUAGGAGCAUCAGUCGUCUUCUCACCUAUUAGAUGAGCCACAGUUUCAGGGUUGUUCUAACCAGGCCCUAUAAAGCCUUGUAUCUGUUUGAGCCAUUCAGCCCUCCAUAGCUAUCUGGAUAACAAACAGCAGCACUACAAGCAAUCUUCAUUCAGGUCAUUCCUAUUGUUUAGCACCAGGAGAUGCUUCAAAUUGGAGCUCUUUGGCAGGUUGUACAUUGAAUCCCUUUUUAUUAAAUGAUACUACUAGUAAGAUUGAAUUCAAAGGUUUCAGUGGCCAGAGCAAAGUCUGAACUGGGCCAAUUUAAAAAGCACACAGCAGUUAGCCAACAAAAACACUGCCUUUUGGGACUUGUCUGCACAAACUCAUGCAUCGAGUUACCUGAUCUAUAGGAAGGAACUGGUAUUUGUUUAAUGGCUAUUAAAAUUUUGCUCCACCCUCUGUCAAUAUUUUUGGUUUCAAAAAAAUCUGAGGGGCAUAAUAUGCAAGUGAACAUCCCCUACCUCCACUCUGAUCCACCCUUACCUUUCCCUUUCUCAGGUGUCCCUUCCACAUGCUGAACUUGAGAGCUGAGCUAUGAAAAGUGAUUAUGUUAAACUUAUUUUCAGAGGAUGAUUUGUUUUGUACAUAUUGGAAUGUUUUUAACUUAUUUUUAUUGCCUCUUUCAAACUGAUUUUAAAAGUGCUUUUCAAAAAUGCUCACUGUGACGUUCCCACAUUUGUCAGUCACCUCAAACAUUUUAGAGGUCUCCAAGAUUUUCCACCUAUACUCUUGGAAUUCAAUGAGAUAUCAUGUCACCAUGGCUUGCUUUGUUCAUGUACUUCUUGCUUUCCCACUUCUGUACAAGAAAUAUCAGGAAAUCCAUGGGCAAUUCAGAUGUUGAGAUCCCUUCCUUUCCUUGUGUGAUUAUUUGCCGAGUAAGUGAGUUUUACUCCUAAUCUCUAAAUACCCACUCUCUUUCCCACUUGAGCUCAACAGGCUCAUACUAUUGAAAGUAGCUGGGAGUAUCCCAACAGUUGUUUUCCAAUGGACUUAAUCUGAAGGUCUGCGUGUCUGCUGCAGGAACUAAAAGCAAUGUCUAAAUUACACCAAGUAACAUUUAAAGCUUUAUGUAUUUAUUUAUAGCUUCUUUUUAAAAAAUGUUUAAUGACAAGGGAGCUUUUCUUUUUUCAACAACAACUACAAAAAUGGGUAAACAAAGUAAAGGAACAAUAAGUAACUGUUUUUGUCUAGAUCAAAACUGAAUGUUAGCUGAUUAAAUAAAUCCUAAAAACA